CGAGUUAUCCAUAAAAGAAUGAAUUUUCAGGAUCUUGAGUCGUUAGAAGUGGAUUGGAACGACGGACAAAGAAUUUUAUUGCCAGAAGAAGUUUAUGUCCAAGUCAUAACGAGAUUCCGAGAAUUAGACCGGUUGGGGGAAGAAUUGGUUAACACCUUUAAGCAGUGGAUACCGAAGAGGAAACGCACUAUGGAAAAACUGGAGGAACUUGCAUCCAAAUUACACCAGCAACAUAUAAAUGUUAGUAAAUCGACCAUAGCAGGUGCUUCCGCGAGUACCGUAGGAGGAAUCCUAGCGAUAGCGGGCCUGAUCGCCACGCCCUUCACUUUUGGGGCCGGGCUUGUGGUCUCCCUCAUUGGCGCCGGAAUUGGAGGCACAGGAAGCCUGGUGAUGUCUGUUUCCAAAGUAAUCGAGAUAAUCCUCGCAAAGCUAGGAUUGAAAGACGUUCAGGGAGCCAUUGACGAGGACAAGGAAGCUUGCACGCAGCUUCAAGAAAAAUUGGAAAACCUUGAGAGGUUCAUCUCCGACUUAAGAGAAAUAGAAAGCAAUGGUUUUGAAUUUUUCCACAAUCUAGCCGGAAGGGAGUACACAACUUCAACUGAGGAGAAAAUAGAUUUCUUCGCCAGGUUUUUGCGGGUGUUCUCGUCCACGGCUUCAGUAGGGGCUGGAGCAUUCGCUGCUGCUGGUGCCUUCGCUCGAGCUGGGGGUUUAGCGGGGGCCAAUUUAGCUGGAGGAGUUGCUGGCGCCGUGCUGUUACCUCUGGAUAUCUACAUGUUGGUGAAAUCGUCUUUAGAGGUGCAUAGAGGAUCGACUACGCAGGUUGUGAAUGACCUCAGGAAGUUACUAAGCGAAUUGAAAUGCCCAGAGGAAGAUGAGAUUCAGGAGAUGGUGCGGAAAUUCAUCUGCGAGAAGUUAAGUGAGGCCUUUAAUGAUGGGGUCUCAAACGAAGUACAAAGAGACAACGGUGAUGACUUAAGAGAAGCCGAAACUGUAGCGAUAUAGUAAUCAAAGAGGAAC